UUCCAAAGUCAAGAUCUCAACACGAACACAAGGCUAAGUGGCUAGCGAUAUAAAUAUUCAUAUUUAUCCACAAAUAAACAAGGAAAACAAAAGAAAACCAAUCUCCGCAGCCUUCUCUCUUGCGUUCAUGGCCGCAACACCAUUCUCUCUUUCUUCCUCCAUUGACCACCACCACCACCACCACCACCACAGCCUCCGAGCCCAUCGCACUCUCCGCCACCAGCCACCGCAUUCCAAAACCCAUAUCAUAAACCCCAUCUUCACACACCCUUCCCCCAAGAUCUUCCCCAAAUCCACACAUCUCAUUCUCACUUGCUCCUCUCACUCAUCAUCAUCUCCAACUCUCCAAGAAAACCCACUUCCGACCGGAAAGUUCCUCUCAAACCAUGAUCUCGAAAAGCUAAAAUUCCUCGAAAAUUUCAAAAUUUUCCACAAAUUGCCAUCUGGGUCGAUGCUCUUAAUCCGUGUGAUGCAAGAACAAGAAAUGGACAUGACUGUUGAGUUACUUGCCGAAUCCUUCGCAGAAUCCAUGGUGUUACCCAAGGCUUAUGUCAAAUUAUUGGGUUUUUUAGUGAAACAGUAUUUGGUUGAGAGGAGAGCUUUGAUGCCUCAUGCUGUGACUUUGAUUGCGUUUCAUCGAAGAGAUACCGAUGAAGAAAAGGGCGAAAUUGAAGAUAUUCAAUUAGCAGGGACUGUUGAAGUAAGUUUUGAUAAAUUGGGGGCUAAUCUUUCACCUCCAUCUCCCACCCCUCCAAAGAAUGCACCAUAUAUCUGUAACAUGACAGUCAAGAAAUCCCUAAGAAGACAGGGCAUUGGUUGGCAUCUUUUGAAGGCAAGUGAAGAACUGAUUUCUCAAAUGAGUUUAGUGAGAGAGGUUUACUUACACUGUAGAAUGAUCGAUUCAGCUCCAUUUCACAUGUAUUCAAAAGCAGGAUACACAAUCUUCAAAACUGAUAGCAUUUUGAUCCUUUUAACAUUACAAAGACGUAAGCAUUUAAUGUGUAAACAACUUCCUCCACCCUCCAACAUCGUUUCAGAGACAAAUAUGUCAUAUGAUGAUGACAAAAAUCUUGCGCAAAUGGAUGCUUAGAAAUCUUGCUUUCAUAUGGUUGAAGUUUGGUUCUUUGGUCAAGAUUUUGGUUUAAAGCAAGGUAUCGGGUUGACUUUUUCUUAAAAGUCAACUCGGUCAACAUAAGAGAUGCAUUUCAAAGAUUUCCAAUCGGGUCAUAGACGUGAGGUAUGAUAUGUCUAAAGCUCUACAAUUAGUGUAUAAUAGGAAAACUCAAAACGUGUACUUUUUUGUUGUAUAGUUUCACAAAAGCAAAUAUUGUUGUAAUGAAUAGUAACAUAUGAAAGUUAAUGAUACAACAACAAACCCAAAAUCCCAUAUGGAUUUGGUUAGGGGAGAUAA